ACAUAUCAAAGUACGUAUGUGCAUACAUAUGUAUAAAUCUAAGUAUCAAUUUAAUGCACCAAAAUUCCAACUGAUGUACAUUUUUAGAAUACUACACAAUUAGUUAUUUAUUCCUUCUCCGAAGUGUAAGUAUUACUUUAUUUGACCUAGAAAUUUUAAAGUUUCAAAUGAAAGAUAAAUAAAGUCACCUAAAACUAAACAAUUUAUCUAUGUGCAGUGUGCAGGGUCUAAUAAAUGGUUAAUAAAUAUUGAGAGUGUUUCCGUAAAAAGUUAACGAUGGAAUUCUUAGAAAAGUUCCCGAACUUGUAGGAUAAGCAUAAUUUAAGGAAACACUCGAAGCAGACAUCGGUCUCCUCGUCUCCACAGUCCGUCCAGUUCUCAGGUCAAUUGUAAUGAUUACCAUUUAAAAUGGACUCACAAUAUUGCCACAUCCCGAAGAAAAAGUGCUCUUUAAAGCGUAAAAAACCCACGAAAAAUGGCCAGAGUGAAACGUUAUAUGCUUGCACUUACCAAAAUUGUGUCAAGUACUUCAAGAUAAAAAAGGAACUAAACCGCCACCUGAAACGGAUACACCCGCCCGGCCCGAGACUCUGUAACUUUAAGUGUGACAUCUGCCAGAAGGGUUUUUACACCGGUUAUGAACUAGACGCUCAUCAGAAUCGUACCCAUUCAACCCUGAAACCAUUUGGGUGUACCGAGUGCGAAAGAUCUUUCAAGAGUAAGCUCGGGUUGAAGGUGCAUAUCUCGUCGCAUAAGGGCGAGAACUCCUACGCCUGUCCACACUGUCCCAAAGUACUGUCGACUCUCUCAAACUGGCGACGCCACACGUAUAUCCACACAAAGUCGGACAAUACCCGCAAAAAGUUGUCCUGUCCUCAUCACGACUGUUCCGCCAAGUUCGAGUAUCCUUUCGAGCUAAAACGUCAUAUUUCCCGCGUUCAUGGUAUCGUAGAACGUUCGCGAGACCAUAAAUGCUCCACGUGCUCGGCAGCAUUCUUUGACAAAUAUAAACUCCGCAGACACCAAGACAUCCAUACCCGCGACCCUGCAACGAACCUCUUCGUCUGCUACUUUUGUCCGAAAAGGAAACCCGAACUGUGCCAGCUGGUGGGUCAUAUGAGAACCCACACUCGGGAAAAACCCCACCGUUGCCCCUUAUGCAAGGGAGCCUUCACUUUUGGUGGGAACUUAAGGCGGCACAUUUUCACCCACACGAAGGAAAAGCCGUUCCCCUGUAGCGUCUGCGAGAUGGGGUUCAGCAGCCGCCAAGCGCUUCGAGCCCACGUGGCCACCCAUACUGGGGAAAAGCGGUUCUUUUGUAAAAUGUGUGACUAUGCGAGUUUCCACAGGAUAUCAUUAAUGACUCAUGUGCAACGGAUUCACUACAGAUUGAAGGAAUUCCAGUGUCACGUAUGCCCCAAGAGGCUGUUUAGCAAGCCAGAGUUGCGGCUGCAUGUAAAAGGACACUUUAACGGAGUUGUAAGAAGGGAAGGUGCUGCUUGUUAUUUAUGCCAGGUACGAUUUGGGGUUCGAGACUUGCAGGCACAUCUGAGACGGUGCACGGGAGAGAGAAAUAUUCAAUUUGUAUGGUAGUGUCCCCACUGUUUGGUGAGAACAAAACUUAAAUAUGUAAUACAAACAGAGUGGUUUAAAUGUCGAUCUAAAAUGCGAAUUGGAAAAAUUUGUAAAUUUCCAUUAGUUACCGAAAUUUUGUCUCGAAAAUUUAACAUUUUAAGAAUUUUGUCAUAAGUGUUUCAUCAUUUUGAUAAUAAUUAAUAAAGCUGCUUGCAGAAGUUAUGUUAAAA